AUGGGACAUGAGGAGCAUGGAGGGACUUGGCACAUGGACGCAGCUCAACUGGAUACGCAAAGGAAGAAGGGAGAAGCCAUCUUGAAGACCAGCUCGACCGUCCACUCGACCAACCGGUCGAGUUCCUCAACUCGACCGGCCAAGCUUCAACUCGAUCGAGCUGAGAAUCAAGGUCACAAGGAAGUGAUUCACAAGUUCAGAAGAGAUCUCAGUGGGAUUGGAAUUGAGUUGCCUCCUAUGGAUAGCAUGAGUGAGGCAUUUGAUCAAAUGCAAAUGGUCAAGGAUGUUCUAGCCAACAGUGAUAAAGUUUCAGAGGUCCUGAAGGAGUCUACUCAUCAGUUCAACCUGCUUACUUCACCCACCUUCCUACCAAAGGUCAAGGAUCAAGGGAAAUUCACUCUCCCUUGCACACUUGGGCAUCUUGAGCUUGACAAUGCCUUAGUGGAUUCUGGAGCAAGCAUCAAUCUGAUCUCUCUCUCCAUGGCAGAGAAGCUAGGCAUUGCUGGAGCCUUGCAGCGCCCUACUACUUCAAUCAUGUUUGGAGAUGCAACUUCUAAGUCUCCUCUUGGAGUGUUCAAGAACUAUCACUUGAAAAUUGGAGAAUGCAUCAUCCAAACUGAUCUCACUGUGAUGGAAAUGGAAGAAGAGAAGGAUUUACCUCUGUUAUUGGGAACCCCUUUCCUUAGUACAGUUGGCGCUUCAAUAGACUUUCACAAGCAAGAAGUGAUCCUUCACAAGGUUGUGAAGGAAAGGGUUGACAAAGAACCAAGAGUUGGGAAGGAUAAGGUUGAGAGAGGACCAAGGAUUGAGAAGCCACGUCUUGAGAGGGCUAGAGUUGAGAAACCACGUUCUGAUAGACCACGAGCUGAUAGACUUGUUCAAGCCCCUUGUGUGCUUGAUGAAGAAAGCCUUCAAGCUUUGUUUGAUGAGCCACUAGGAAGGGCUCUAAAAGAAGGGGAGGAUGUAGCCUCUAAGGCAAGACCAGGGAUAAAAGAAAAGAUCCACCAGCUCAGGCCCCUUCAUCAAGCCAUCUCAGCUCACAAUGACUUUGUUCCCCACCAAGUUUGA